CCGCUGCCGCUCCUCUCCCGGACUCGUCGAUUUUCCCAGCGUAUAAAAAGCGAAAGAUCGCCGAAACCCUAACCAUGGCGACAGCGGCGGCGACGCCGGCCACCACGGCCUCGUCCCUCCGCUUCCCCUCCCCUGCAGCGGCCGCUGGUUUCGUGGUCUCCCUCCCCCGGCCGAACACGCGGAGCCGCGCCGCCGCCAGUGUCGGAUUGCUCCGACGACGCAGCGGCAGCAGCAGCACCGUCAAGCUGUGCCGUGCGAGCCGGUCCUCUCGUACGGACAAGCCGAGGCGCUUGCCGUGGUGGGCGGAGAUGCUCACGCCGGAAGAGUUCCCCCCGAAGGAUCGCGUCAAGCCGACCGGGCGCGGCAAGGAAGAGAUGGAAGCCAUACGGAAAGCUCUCGUCACCGAACCGCUCCAGCCCAUCUUGCUUGCCGUGCGUGAGAUUAGGGCUUCUGGUCACUUCUUCCGGUGCCGCAGCUUCCAUUAUGGGAUCAUCGCCGGUUCGUUGUUAGUGAUCGCCGGAUUCUGCCAGCUUUGUAAAUUAGUACCAAUUCUUUGUGUGGAUAUAAUUCUUGGAAUUAUAUUCUACAAGCUAAGUGUUUUAGCAGCAGAAUUGAAAAGGAACGGGAAGGCAAACAAUAUAUGUGCACGGAUACAGACCGUUAUUUUGAUUAUUUUGUCAUUCAAGGAUAACAACAUUUUCAUGGAUGAUUACAGAAUUAUCACCGAAUUGGUCUGGUUUUUUGGUAUGUAUGUGUACAUACCGGCCGCACACUAUGAAAUUGCUGGCGUAGAGGAUCCGAGGCUCCACAUGCUAGGAAUUUGGAGGAUACUGCAAACAAAAGGUGGUGUUAUGAAGGUCUUAAAAAAUAUGGUUCGUGAAUUAUUUUAAGGAGAGGAAUGGCUUUAGUAGUGAAGUUAAAAGUUUGGCUUAGCAAUGUCUAAUGGUGUACCCUUAUUAAAGAAGACAACGUUGGUAUAAUAGGAGUGAACAUGUAACAGUUGCUGUUUAUCUUUAAACUAUUCUGAUUGUUUAGCAGUAUGUGUGGUACGCUAUAUAUCACAAUUUUCUCUUGGAAUCACCUAGAAGCAUAUGCAUUAUGCAAUAGUAUAA